CGUCAGGAUGAGAAAAUGUACGAGUUGCCGUGAAUGUGAUAAGAUAAUACUUCGAUAUCAGUAAUGAAAUUCUAAUAAACAGAUUUAUAUUUCAAGUAUUACAUCUGUAUGAUUUUUAUAGUUAAGCGAUAACUCCGUCGUUUAACGUCCGUCGCAAGUGCUUAACCCAAACCACGGAUUACUAUAAUCAAAAUGGCGUUCAUUCGAGGGUUGUGAGAGGCCGAGGGCCUUUUCUGCGUGGAAAUGUAGUUCUAAGGAUUUUAAUUAACGGUUAUCGAUUAUUUGUAAUGAACACCUCUACACGCACAAAAUAACCAAGUAGAAUGUGCCAUGUCUUACGUGCAUUCUGUUUUGGCUCAGAAGUAAGACCUUGGAACUACAUUUAAUUGUAAAUGUAAGGGACAAGUCACUUUACAUAGAAUUGUAUUCUUCAUUAGAGAUUCUAAAACUCACAGGCUGGCGGCGACAAUUCAAGGUGAAAUACGGGUGGGUCCCAGCCACCAGGCUCGCCUGCCAGAAUAUAAAUCAAAUAUAAGGCCUCACGAAAUGCCAGAAAAGUGUGAAGUACUUGAAGAAUUGCGAUGGUCUCCUGGUGUUGCUGAUUGUGAUCUCAUGAUGUAUCUUCGUGCAGCUAGAAGCAUGGCUGCAUUUGCUGGCAUGUGUGAUGGUGGAUCUGCUGAAGAUGGAUGUGUAGCUGCCUCUCGUGAUGAUACAACAAUCAAUGCCAUGGAUUUGUUGCAUGAAAGUAGCUAUGACACUGGUAAAGCCUUGCAGGCUCUUGUAAAGAAUCCUAUUCCACCUGGUGUAGAAAAGAAAUGGGUUGAAGAAGAACAGAAACGUUUUGUUAAAGGUUUAAGACAGUAUGGGAAAAACUUCUUCAAAAUUCGUAAAGAGCUUUUACCUCAUAAAGAAACGGCUGAUCUAGUAGAAUUUUAUUAUUUAUGGAAAAAAUCGCCUGGAGCUGUGACGUCUCGGACACAUAGGCGUAAUCGUCGUCAAAAUACCCUUCGCCGUAUAAAACCUAGUCCGAUCAAGCAAAACAGACCAACUUCAAAUGAUUAUAUGGAUGGUAGUUCAGGUAGUGAUGAAGGAGAAGACUCCGAAGAUUCUGAUUCGAGAGAUGUCACUGGAUAUCAGUGUCAGAAUUGUUGUACAACUACUUCAAAAGACUGGCUUCCUGUAGGUAAAGAUUUGCAAGUUAUGUGCACUGAAUGCAGACUAUAUUAUAAAAAACAUGGAGAAUUUCGUCCAGUUGAUUCUAAGGAUAAUUUACCAUUUCUUUUCCAACCUGUAAAGGAAGAGGAUGGUGUUAAUGGGAAACAUGUAAUGAGAACUAGAAGAAGUAAAGAGCGUCAAAGCCCUAAGACAAUCAGUAAUGAAGCUGGGGCAGCGGUUACAAAAGCAGGGAGAAAAUCUCCUGGGGCAGCAAGCAAUUGUAGCACUGGUAGUUUAGACCGUGAUAAAAAAAAAAAGCAACCACAAGAUUCUUCAAAAAAUAAAAAGAGGGUUAAAGAAGAAAAAAAUGCUGUAGAAGAUGAAGAAGAGGAGAAGGUUGGAAACUUAAAAAAGAAAAAUAGAUCAGAGAGUCCUUCUGAAUCUGUAUGCACAGAAAGCAGUGUUUCAAAUGAAGAAGCAGUUCCAGAUGUAGAAGCUCCUAGUUCACCAAGCCCUGCUGUUAGUCCUGUUCCAAGUCCUGCUCCAUUAUUACCUCAGCUUCCAGCUGCAAAUGAGACAGAACCAGAAGUACCUUUUGAAGCAGCUGCCACCACAGCAGAUACUGAGUUACCCGUUACUGUUAAAGAAGAAUUUGUACCACCAGUCACUCCAGAACCGGCUUUGUGCCCAGUAGAAAUAAAACAAGAAAUAAUUACAAAUGAAGUAGAAGAAACACCAGAGAAUAAUGAGUCUGAAAAUCCACCUGAGCAACUGGAACUCAUAGAAAAAGUUAAAGAAGAAGUAACUGCAGCAUCAUAUACACCAUCACCAGUUGCUUCACCAGUCAACUAUGGGCCAUCAUUAGAGGAAUCUGCCCCAGCUCCAGAAGAGCCUUCUUCUCCAGUUGUCACAGAACCAACUAGAUACCAGUCGCCAAGUGUAGAACAGCCCGAAGAAGCCAUUAUACCAAAUCCACAUCAGUAUCCUGGUCCUUCUCCUCAAAAUAUAAAAAUGGAACCUGUUGAUAUUGCAGCUUCACCUCCUCCGUCAUUAGUUCAUGAACCUGUGCAUCAUCCUCACGCUUAUGCUCCUGCUUCAUCUACAGCUCUUUUCUCUAAUAGCAUAUCAAUAGCAAUGACAAAUAGUACUGUGACAGGUUCCAUAUCAGCAUCAUCAUCAAUUUCACUUUCUUAUCAUAACCAUUCUAAAAUGCCUUAUCCUGGACAUUCGACUCUUAUAGCUACCUCACAAUCAUCUAUGUCAGCAUUUAAUUAUCGACCUUUCUCACCUCAAUAUCCCUAUCCUCCUGCUUUACCUCCAUUUCCUCAAAUGCCACCUCAGCCAAUAAAACAUAAGUAUUCUACUACUCCUUCCCAUUCUCCCAAUAACACUCAUACACCUCCACCAACUUCAUCGCCAUAUACAACAAAUCCACAGCAGUACCAAGAAUCACCUCCUCCAAGUAAGUCACAUACGCAUAGUAGUGACACUCCAUCAACAUUCCCCCGUAACUCUCAGCCAAGUUCAGUAUCUCGGCAAUCUCCACCUGUGUCAUCACAUUCAUCAGUGCCUCUUCAGUCUUCUUCACAUGGGUCUUCAAAAUCUCCAUCAUCAUAUUCCUUACAAAGCCAAGGUACACCAAGUGCUCCAAAUCAAAAGCCAGUGCCACAGCCAGCACAUCAAAAUUCUCUGUAUUCUCAAAUAGGGAUUGGUCAGCAAGCAUCUUUGAAAGCAAGCAAUCAUCCUCAUCAUUUGCCUCGGCCGCACCCUUUGCCACAGUUGCAUCCACAGUCUGGUUUGCCUACACCUUCACAACAUUUACCACCUACAACUUAUGUGGCAAAUCUUCCUUCACAGGUCACAUUACCUCAAAAUCAAAUGCAUGUUUCAUCUGAACGGCAGCCUGAGUCAGAAAAGUGUUCAGUAAUACAAGAACCGGUUACCAUUGAAGAAGAAGAAGAAGCAGAGCCUCAUUUUCCAUUUCGAGGCCCUAGUCCUGAGCCCAGAGUUGAGGAUGUUGAGUGCCACAGAAGUCAAUCAGCCAUUUUCCUGCGUCAUUGGAACAGAGGGGAAUUCAAUUCAUGUGCCAGAACGGAUCUUACAUUUAAACCUGUACCUGAUUCAAAACUUGCACGGAAAAGAGAAGAGAGGGCGAGGAAAGCUGCAGAAAAAGAGAGAGAAGAGACUAAAGCAAGAUUAGGUUCCACUCCUGAAAAUAAAGCAGGCUCAAGUUCUCAGGCUGAUGGGCAUCACCUUAGUCCUUUUGAUAGACAUGUUCAAAGAAAUGGACCUGACACCCCUGCUUUAAGACAGCUGAGUGAAUAUGCACGCCCACAUGCUGCAUCUUUCCCUCCAGGCUAUGCUCGACCUGGACAACCUAUUGGUGUUCUUCCUCAUGGAAUUGAUCCCAUUUUACAUUAUCAGUUAAGUUCAGGAAUGUAUGGUGCUGCUGCCAGAGAAAGCUACAGACUAGAAAUAGAAAUGGAGAGGGAAAAAAGAGAGCGUGAUCUCCAUGAUAAAUUGAAAGCCGAAUAUGAAAUGAAAACACGUUUGCCUCUGACUUAUGAUCCACAUGUAAUAGAACUUCAGAGACGAUAUGGUGGCUUGCAAGGUGGUCCAUCAGUUGGUCUUACACCUGCCCAUGCAGGUAUGAAUCAUGGACCUUUUGGCUUAUAUACCCCAGCUGAACGUGAGAGGCUGGGUAUACCACCAAAUGUUCCUGUUUCUGAAGCUGCAAUUGACCGCUUAAAUGCUGAAAGAGCUCAUAUGCUUGGCACUGAUCCACUCUUGCGUUUACAAAUGGCUGGACUUGCUCCAGAGCUUCACACGCAUGCGCAUACUCAUGCUCAUGCACAUACCCACCUACAUUUGCAUCCUCAUGAUGCUGUGUCAGCUGCAGCUGCAGCUGCUGCUGCUAUGGGAGUGCCACCUCAUCCAGGUAUGGAACCUGGUGUACAUCCCUCAUCAGGUACACAUCCUUUGUUGCCUCCUACUGGUUAUGCUUCUGGAGCUCCUAGACCAGGGAUUGUACCACGAGCAGAACUUUUGCAUCCUGCAUCUGGGAUGUUGAGACCUCCAUAUGAAGAACAGUUUGCUCAUCAGUUACAAGCUCAAAUUCAUCAUGAGCAGCUGCAAAGGCAAAUUCUUAUGGAACGUGAAAGGUAUGCACAUAUGGGAGGCUCCAUGCCUCAUCCAUCUCCACUUAUAUCCCAGCAUGAAGAAUAUCUUAGGCAACAACAGCAGAGAGAAAGAGAACUCAAAUUAAGAACUUUAGAAGAAGCUGCUCGAGGAGGAAGACCACCAAUGAAUUAAUUCAAGACAUUUUGUUUUUAUACGUGUAAAUAUUAGGGAAAAUAUUUUCAUUUAAGAACAUGGCGUUGCCUGUAAUCCAUAUAUAUUUAUAGACUAAAUUUGAACUAGCUAGUCUAGUUGGCUUCUUCAGUAUUUUUGCCACUGAUUCUAUAUAUAUGUUGCAGUUGUAGAUUGCUGUUAAUUAUGGCAAAGAGUGUUUAUUAUUCCAGGUAUAAUUUGAUUUUUCUCUUUGCUUAUAUUUAUCCCGGUUUUGUAAAUUAUGCAGUUGAGUGUAAUAUCUUUAACAUUAUUGUAUUUUAAUUUAUUUUAAGAACAUACAUUGUAAAAAUAAUUCCAUUUAUAUUUCAUGUGAGAGACAUGCAUUUAUGAGAAUGAUUGUUAAGUUCAUUAUUGAAAGUGAUGACUUUUCUAUGCAUCUGAAUUGGUAUGUGUUUGCAUUAGCUGUAACUUUUAAAGGUUUUUAUUGUGCAUUUUUGUACACUUAACAAAGCAAAUUUUAUCCUGUAAUAGUUCAGAUGUUACAUUGAGAAAAAUAUGUAGGUAUAUAAGAAAAUUAAUUUGCUAAUGAUUAAUUUUUUGUAUCCAUGAAGUAUUUUUGUAAUUUUUAUUUCAUAUGAAACAUAUAUAUAUAUAUUAACAUUAAUUUAAGUUAUAUAUUUCUUUUUGUUAGCUCACUAUUUUAAUGCAAAUUUUGCUUAAUAUUGUUUAAUAUAUAAAGCGAAAUAGCGAUAUGGUCUUUAUCCUAGCCUGUUAAUAUUUUUUUUAAUGUCAUGCAGUGGCUUUUGCAUAAGAUAUAAUAUUACAAGCUUAAUUUAUUAUAUUUUAAAGUUUUGUCUGUAUGUGGAAGGUAUUUAAUGGGGGAUACUUUCUGAUAUAAGAAAAUGACUACAAGCACUUGCGUAUUGUAUGCCUAUCUUAAAUAUGAAAUAUGAACCUUUUGCCAAGCAAAAUUACAAAAUCUGCAUUUCAGCUGGAAAUGUUAUCUUUGCACAAAUGUGUAUUAUAUUGUUGAGCUAACCAAACUGACAAUUAGCUUCAUAUAGUUAAUUGUCAUUGUACUAGACUUAUAAAGUUCUGUAUUUGCAAUUUUGUAAUUUUGAAGUAAAUUGAGUUAUUGAAUAAAUUUUAAUUAACUGCUGGGCAUCGGACGCAGCAGACUUUUUAACCACUGAGACCAUAUGUCACCAGUUGAAUUGAUUGUUGCUACUAAACCGUGUAAUCUAAAAAAGUGCUAAGCCAACUAUAAAAGAUUGCAUUGCCUGACUUUGGGUUAUAAUUUGCCAUUUAAAUUGGUUUUAUAAGCACACAUUUUUAGGAUAACCUGUGUUCUGUUUAAUACUAAUAAAAGUGAUCGGGUUAUAAUUUAGGUAAUAAAAUUAUUGAUUUAUUUUAAGUAGUUCAAGUUGUUUUAGGGGAAAAAAUUGUUAGCCAAAACAGAACACCAAGUACAUUUUAUUGUCUAAGGUUUUUGUAAUCCUUCUCCUUUCUUAUAAGAUGUGUUUUCUGUAUUUAAAAAUAUUAUUCACUUACCAUAUUUAAGCCUAUUAAAUAUAAUUUUUUCUCUAAGCUUUUGUUUUAAUGCACAAUUUUACUUAUAUAGUUGUAUCAAUAAAUAGAUAUAAUACACUUGAGUAUUUUCCAUAAUGAUGUCUUUUAAUAAACCCCUAGAGCCUUUAAAAGCUAAAUUUGGUUACAAAUUAAUAAUCAACAUAAUUGAUUAUCAUCUUCUGUAGGAUGACCAUCUCCACAGAAUCUUCUAGAACUAAAGGUGGUUGUCUUGGAAAAUGUUAAUUUUAUAUAUGUGUGUAUAUAUAUAUUUGCAUUUAACAAACAUUCUCUAUUCGUAAAAAGCAAAUUUAAAGUUAAUUAAAUUUUAAAUGAAAUUGAAUUACAAAUAAAUGAUUAAUUAUUGCUGAGAACUAAUCUACAAUAUCAUUUUUUAAAUUCUGAGAGCAUAUGUAAGUCAAGUGCAAGUAUCAAAAUCUGUGAAUAUAUAAUGUAUCCCCAAAAAUUCUACAACCACGCAAAGAACAAAACCAUAUAAAAAUUUCUAUUUUUUUCCAAUCACAAUUCAACCUUUUAAUUUUUCAUGCAAAAAAAAUCGACAAUGCAAAUAACCCUUUUUACGGGAUGAUUCCCCUUCCGGAAAUAGAAUGCAACUCUGGAAGCUUAAAGACUUGCUUCGAAGUGAAAAAAAGUCAGGAAAUCUGCACCUUUUCUGCUAAGAAUAUAUAUUUAAUUGUGUAUAUAUAUAUGUAUAUAUUAUUAUUACAGUAAAGAAAUAAUAAUUAAAUCAGAAUAUGAGGUUUUUUUCAAACGUUUGUUUAUACACUAUUAAUGAGUGCAUACAAAACUUCACGAAUUGUGUUGCAAAAGUACUUGGAAGUGUUUCCUAAAAUUUAAUGACACUGGUUGAAUAAUAAAGUAUAUUUUUUAUGCAUAUUUAGUUUCUAAAUCAUGUAAAACAGUUAAGAACUAAUUAUGCAUGGCUAUAAGCUUAAUUAAAACAUGCAUGCUUCAUUAGAGAUUCAAACUUAUGAUAUUUAACACUGUGGUACUGUUUCAAUAUAAAAUGAUUGACCAUGAUAAUUCACUUGUAAAUCAUACAGAUGGAGUUUUUGGAGAAUGAUGGAAUUAAUUUAAAAAUUUUUCCCCAUGAUAUUUUCCAUUUUACAAAUACUUUGUGCUAAUAAAUUGUUUGAUUUACUUCCAAUUUUAUUGUUGUGUGUUUUGGUGAAUGUCUCUGAAAAUGCAAAACAUUGGGUGUCUCAUAAUUUAUUCUACUUGGCUUUUUUUUAAUUGAAACUAGCAAAUUAAUGUUAUGCAUAAUUCAUUUUUUAAAUUUUCAAAAUGAUAUAUUCAGAAAAGAAGAAUGUAUAAUUUAUGACUUGAAAGUACAAAAAGUAUUGCAAUUAUUAAUCAUGUACACAUGUGUAUAUAUAUAUAUAUAUCAAAGUAGUAAAAGCAUUUUUAAUAUUCAGUUUUAAAUACUUCUUGAUGGAAAGUUUUUAGUAUUUAAACUCAAUUUUUUGUUGAUUGACUGUUGUAAACUUGAAAAAAAUAAUUUAAAUUGAUAGAUGGCUGAGUUUGCUAGUAUCAGAGUGGGGUUUUAUAAAUAUGUAAAUAAUUCUUAAAGAAUUGCAUGAAAGUUCAUGUAUUUAGGCAAAAUCAGAUGUUGACAUAAUUUAAGAUAUUUGAUAUAUGUGUUAUAGAAAAUUUCUUUAAUUGUAUGCGAGUAUUGUAAAAAUAAGCUUGUAUUAUUACUAUAGACUCUUUCAAUAACUUUGAUUUUUGUUAUAUGUUUGGGUAAUUGUAUCUUGCUUAUGUAGUAUAUUUCAUUGUAUUUUUAUAUCAAGGCACUGCUGUUCACAAAUGUAAAUAUGUGUUAAUGAUGCAAGCUUGGAUUUUGUAAAGCAUAUAUGUAUAGUUUUGUAGGUACCCACUGGGUCACAUGAAUUGUACAGCCUGAUUUUUAUCAUUAAUUCUGCAAUGACUUUAAAUAUUAUGACAGACAGUUAUUAAUUUAAUAACAUUAGGAGUUUUUAUGUCAUCUAAAUGUAAAAUUUAAAAUGUAGACAAUGAAAUAUUUUGUACAAAGUACAGAGUGAAGUUUUUAUUGAAUAUUCAGUUUAAAGUAUUUUAUUGUUUUCGUAAAUUUUACUUAGGAGAACAUUAUAUACUUCAGAUUUGGUAUCUAUUUAAUAAAAAUAAAACUGGUAUUCAUAUUUUU